GAUUUAUACCCGGGGAAAUUGAGUUUGGCGCGCAGGCAUGUCAGCGGAGUAUCAUAAUGUCGAGCUUCGUAUGUUUGAUGAGGCCCAGUUCACUUGUCGAACGCUCGGAACUGGAUUAACAGUUGGAUUGAGAAACUCUAAAGUGAUUUCUCUUCGUAGGGAUAACGAGACCGUCAGGGAAAUCCAUAUUUCCUCUCUGGCUAAUAUAUAUCGUUUCUCACAAAAAACAGUAGCUGUCUGUACGAAAAAAUGCGUCGGGGACGCGGUCUUCACUACUUAUUUGUUGGGGUUCGAUUCUCCAGGGGAUGUCCGUAGCUUUUUAAAUUCUUCCGGUCUACUGAAACCGCUAUGUGAAGAGGACAAGAAGGAGACCCGCACUUCCAUUUUCGAUAAGCGUACUGACUCUUGGUCUGCAGUACAAUAUUUCCAAUUUUACAGUUACAUCAGUCAGCAACAAAAUAUGAUGCAGGACUAUAUUCGCACUUCAACAUACCAAAGGGCUAUUCUCGCAAAUGCUUCCGCCGACUUUCGCGGAAAAGUGGUAUUGGAUGUUGGAGCUGGCUCAGGAAUUUUGAGCUUCUUCGCAAUCCAAGCUGGUGCAACAAGGGUUUAUGCUGUUGAAGCAUCUAAUAUGGCUACUCAUUGUAAUAGUCUAGUUCAAGCAAAUAAAUUGGCGGGACGCAUUGUUGUCAUCAGUGGGAAAAUAGAAGAAAUCACUUUGCCCGAACCAGUGGAUGUCAUUAUAUCUGAGCCAAUGGGUUAUAUGUUAUACAACGAGAGAAUGUUAGAAUCGUAUGUUCAUGCAAGAAAGUUUCUAGCUCCACAUCUUCGACAGCCAUUAAAAAAGAAGCAGAACAGACGUGAGCAUGAACGACUUAAUGAAAAUGAUCAAUCACCAUAUGUCAAACAGUUGUCAGAUUCUGAGCAUUCUGAUGAAGUAUUAACUGAUGAGUUGGACUGUGAAGAUAUUGACAUAGAGGAUCAGGUACAUGAUGGCGCGACAAAAUUAUCUAAUAGAUCAUUACCUUGCCCCGGAAUAAUGUUCCCGUCUGUAGCAAAUUUGUAUAUUGUUCCAUUCAGUGAUGAGGCACUCUUCGCUGAACAGUACGGGAAAGCUAACUUUUGGUAUCAACAGAGUUUUCAUGGCAUGGAUCUAACUGCUCUACGUAAUGCUGCCGUUACGGAAUACUUCAAUCAACCUAUAGUCGACACUUUUGAUAUUGGUAUUUGUCCAGCACUACCAUGUAUACACAAAGUGGAUUUCCGUACUGUAUCCGAAUCCGAACUAAGUUCAAUCGAUAUUCCUCUAAAUUAUCAAAUUACAACCUGUUCUACAAUCCAUGGCCUUGCAUUUUGGUUUGAUGUUGGUUUCUUAGGUUCUCAGCGAGAUGUAUGGUUGUCAACUGCACCAACUGAACCACUUACUCAUUGGUAUCAAGUGCGUUGUCUUAUGGGAACACCAUUAUUCGUUCAAGAAGGUCAGUCACUUAAUGGACGUGUUCUUAUGCAUGCUAAUUCUAGGCAGUCCUAUGAUGUUCAAAUCGAACUGAUAGUUCCUGGUAGUGAAACAAAGAUUGUUAAUAGUUUAGAUUUGAAAAAUCCACACUUUCGAUACAAUGGAUAUCCUCCGGCACCACCGCCUGGUUCACAUGUUCGUUCACCGACGGAGACAUAUUAUGCUAAUCUGUGUGCACAACAACAACAACAACAAAUGGAGAUGCAAUCACAAACUAUGGUCAAUAAUGGUAAUCCUAUAUCAUUGGCUGCAGCGGCGGCUGCGGUUGUCGGUGGCGUUGGUAUACCUAAUAACAAUAGCGGACAAAUAAAUUAUCGAAAUAGUCCUGUUUAUACAAUGAAUCAAGCGACUGGAUUUCUUGCUGCCACUGGUUCAAUUCCAAAUGUUGUUCAAACAAUCCCCUUAGCAGUUGCCAACGAUAAUCUAUUACAAAAUCAACCACAUUCUAUGCAAUUAUCUCCUCAGCCAGUUAAUCAAUCUUCAUUAGAAUUUGGUCGUUUUAUGACAUCAAAUCAUUCUCAGAUUGCUUCUUCAAUGCUUAGAUCAGUAAACAUUCCUUCAGCUACUCCCGUUAUUGAACCUUUGACAAAUGUUUCUGGCAGUGGAAUUCAUACAAAUGAAUCUGUGUAUUACAACCCUGUUAUUAAUUCGAAUUUCGGAGACUCCUGUUUCGCAAUGAAUAAUGUGGUCAAUCCUAGCAAAAAUUGGAAUUCAGGAAUACAUCAGGAAUAAUUCCGACCUCUUUAUAACCGUAUAGUCGACGGUUAAGAGUAUAUGUAUGUGAGAAUUAAUUAUUAUACAAUCGUUCGUUAUAUGUGGUGUACACAGUAAAACAAUAUCUUAUAUAUAUACAUAAACCUUUGGCAUUUUCGUAAAUUCUGAUAUUUUGAUGGAAAUUGUUUGUUCGUUUUUUUUGUGUGCAUCUAUUUAUCAUUUCUAUCAUAUGUGUUCUCUGUGAGAGUAAAAAUAAGGACGGUUAUAUAGUUUAUGCUUCUAUCUUAUUCACUUCACUAUAUAUAUAUACACAUGCAAGCGAAUUCACGCACAAUCUUUAUAGGUAACAUAUUCUCAUUGUUCUUUAUCAUCAUUUACUCUAUCUAUUGUCAAUGAAAUUCCUGGUCAAAUAAUUGAGGAUAAUCAUUACAAGAAAUGAGAAAAAGAAACUUCCUUAUUUCACUAUCAAUCUUUAUAUGUAAGUGGUCAAUCAAUUUGAACGUUUUUACUUUGUCAUGAUAAGAAAAUCAACCUAAUCACCUUUGUUCUAUCAACUGUAUCGAUGUGCUUGUGUAUAUUUGCACAGACCGGAAUAACAAAUGAAUUCAAUGAAUAAUAAACCUAUGUUAUGAACAAAAUAGAACCACUUUCAAUCUUAACAAUAAUGUUACCUAUUAGAAUAAAAGAAGCUCUUGUUAACUAUAAUCUGAUGGAGCGUGUUUUUUUCUUCUUGUGUGUUAUAUCGCUUGGAACAAUUUCUCUCUCACUACUGUGGCUGGUAUUCGUUUAUUUGUUUUUCAUUAUUAGUCAAUCUCUUCUUUCUUAUGUACCAUUUUGAUAUAUGCAAACAUCCAUAUAUAUAUAUAUAUAUAUAUAUAUAUAUAUAUAUAUAUAUAUAUAUAUAUAUUCAUUUUAUUGCGAUCAAUGUAAAAAAAUGUAUUUAUUC